UCAUUUUUCGCUCGUUGACGCGUGGAGCCGCAUUUUUCGUAAAAUAAUUAUAUUUCCAGUUAAUUAAAAUAUAAAUUUAACUAAAAUAAAAAUGAAUCGUGCAAGAAGAACUAACCAAAACUUUGUUCAAGCAAAUCAACAAAUAUCUCGCCUUGGUCCUGAUAUUUGGCAGAAAUGCAAAAAAUAAUAAAAAAAAAAAACAUUUUUUCUUGUAGUUAUGUUCAUUUACUUUGCUCAAACCUCAAACGAAAUUGUAUAAUUACUGUUUCUGUACAAAACAUAUCGCACUCCAUGUAGAAUUAUAUAAUUUUAACCAGUUAUUUAUCCGUUAAAAUUCAAACAAAAAAUAUUUUCGUGUCUUUCCGACACACAUAAAAAAAAUAUCCUUCAACAACAACACCAUUUGGCUUUUCUCAUUACAAUCUCAAUGAAUUUCCUGCUUAAACCAAAAGCAAAUAAACUCACUGAGCGUUAAAUGAGUAAAAACCCCACAACAGCAAGUCGAGAUUUUAAUGGGUAAAUAGUUUGUAACAAUUAUAUAAGUCCAAGGCAAACGAAAAAAAAAAAAUAAUAAAAAUACAUCGUUUGGGUCCUGGCUGUAGAAAUGUCCAUAUCUAUUCCUAAACAAUGGAAACUGGAACACAAAUUAAAAAAAAACAACGAUUUGACUUGCUCCUGCUACUUCUGCUCUCUCGUUCACCAGGAAAAUAUAUAAAUGUGAGCCAACAGCAGAGUAUACAUGUGUGCAUCUUGCUUCAAAUGUGUAGGGGUUUUCCAAUGAUUCUAUUCUAUCUAUCAUGGAGCAAAAUGGGGAUCAAGUUGCAGCCCAGCAUCCUGGUACUCCUCGCCCAGUCAAGGCAGCACAAGCUGCUGUUGCAACACCAAAUUCGACUCCAGUUAAGGUAUUGAAGCCAAUUCUUAAGAAGGAUCCGAAACCAGUUGUGGUGGCUGCUGUGGUGCCCGAACAAAAGCCAGUAAUAGUAGCUGACAUUAUUUUGGAACCUCCAAAGGAAGAGAAAAUGGAUUUGGCAAAUGCUGUUAGUACUGAAUCUAUUGAUGGAUCCGAAGAAAAUGGUGGUAGCCCACGUAAGCCAUUCUUUAAGAAGAUCUUUGGUGGUAUUCGUAAGAAGCCUUCAGUACGUGCAAAGGAGAGGAAGAUUCGUCAAAAUCGUCAUUUGCGCAAAGUUAUUUUACCCAAGAAUGCUCUGAUGGCACUCUAUGAAAUUAAGGGCAUUCAGAUUGGCGAUUUCAUUAUCAAUAGUAACAUGGAGGGUGGCUUUACAGCUUUAGUAACAGUUAACGAUUGCCAAUACGAAGGUGUUGGAAAUUCGAAAGGCAAUGCCAAAACAAAUGCCUGUGAAAAAGCUUUGCGUGACUUUGUUAUUAAGAAGAUGAUGCAAAAGCCCCGCGAAAAGUCGAUUUCUGAACCAAUGGAUCUUGGUGAAUCAAGUGAAGCUACAAAUGGUGACGAAGGCAAUUUAUCUGCUGAAGAAACUGAUGAUGUACCAAUGGUUAAUCUUGCUUCAUUUGCUUUGUAUAAAUUGUUUACCGCUUGGGAAAAUGAGGGCUUCCAUGUGCCAGAAUUCCACCCAGCACCACCUCAACAUAGUUCCCAACAGAAUCCUGAAACAGCUGCAGCAAAGAAGCCUGUUGGUCGCAAUGAAUUGCCACCUAACUGGGAAAUUAUGCAUCCAGCUACACUUUUGUGCAUUAUGCGCCCUCGCUUAACUUAUACAGACUGUGGUAAUAAUGGAGAUGCCGCUAAUCCUGCUCAAACUGUUAAAGUUAUUGUUGACGAUCGAGAAUUUGUCGGUGUUGGUCGAUCUAAAAAGAUUGCUCGUAAAAAUGUUGCCAUUGCUGUGUGCAACAGUCUUUUUGGUACAAAUUUCCAAGUGCCAACUGAAGAGGAAUGAGAAGAUGAUGAUCAUUCGAGUUUAUUAGGCUUUCCUCACGUUUUAACGCAAUGUUUGACAAUUUUACUACAACGUAUGUUAAGCGGCGGAAAUAAUUUUAUUUAAUUAUUAUAAUAAUUACAUAUGUGCGUUAAAAUGACGAAUUAUUUAAUGCAAAAAUUUUUUUUUCUCUUCAACAUAGUAUUAGUUAUUAUUAUAAUAUUUUUUAUUUAAAAAAUGAUUAAGUUCGGAGCGUCCUUCUGUAACUGUAGUUGAAUGUAAAAGAACAUCUUCACAUAAUAAAAAAAAGCAUUACUGCUAAACAGUAAA